AUGUCCACGAGUAUGAUUGUCUUCUACUUCCUACAACUCGCAGCCCUUGCGGUCGCAAUCGCCAUCAGCGACCCUCAACUCAAUUUCGGUCCUUUCUGCGGCACUCCUUCUCCAGUUUACGAUAACGGUACCAAAGCCACUAGUUGGGAGCAGUACUUCGAAGAGCUCGAAAAGACCUCUGGUCAGAAUGGUCAGGGCGCCACUGACGCCUGGAAUGCUAACCCCGGACCAAUUCCUUGGCCGCGCAACUCGGAGAACAAGGUCGUCAUCCCGUACUGCUUCACGCAGGAGUGGGAUCGCAAAAACAUCCGCCAUAUCACCGAGGGUGGUAUGGAUAAAUGGAUCGAGUAUCUUGGUGGUACCGCAGGUAAAGACUCCGGCCAUGCUAUCAGCUUCAAAGAGCGCCUAGAUAGCGAGGGAAAGCCAAUGUACUGCGCACCCGUAAAGAAGUAUCGCGAUGGCUGGAACGCAGGUAUACCCUAUGACACAGUGGCGAUCGAGUUCAUGGAUGGCGGUGGCUGGGGUGGUUCCGUUGGAUUGACGCAAAACGGCAAGCCCUGGCAGAAUCUCGUCAGGCUUUCUGAUGGCUUCACGCUUGGUGGUGUCCUGCAUGAACUUGGCCACGUCAGGCGCAUGAACACAACCGCGAAGAUCGCGACACUUAUGUCAAAGUCCAGUACAAGCAACUUGCCGACUGGGAGGACGCAAUGUUGGACUCGCGCCCGCCAGAAGGAAGGCGACCGCAUCACCGAAGAUGGCCUUUGCCUCUCCAUGUACCGCGCUCUGAAGUAUCAAUGCACUUGCGCCUCCUUCAUCAAGAACAUGGUCGAGCCUGGUUGGCCGAUCAAAGCAAAUUCCGGGUACGACCUCGAAAGCAUCAUGCACUAUCCUAGCAUGAGUGGGUACGCGAAGCCAGACUGUAACAACGAUGGCGAAGACUGUCCUGUUCAGCAGUAUAUCGAUCGGAAUGAUCAUGGAAAGGGGACUACGCUAUUGAAUCGUGCGACUAAGCCGAGUCAGAUGGAUAUCAUGUGGGUCAAGAGGACCUAUCCUUGGGAUAUCAUCCUCUCCCACUCAGCGCAACAAUACACGUCGACUACCAUCAUGCUAUUCUCCACCUCUAUCAUUCUUCUACUCUCUUCAUCCGCGUUCGCCGCACCCGCCAACCUCCUUCCUCGCGCCACUGCUCAAUGCGGUCAAUACCAAUCCCAAGCCUCCGGUCCAUACACGCUUUACACCAAUGGUUGGGGCUGGUCUUCUGGAACCGGAUCUCAAUGUUCGCAGAUCGACAGUCUGACAGGUAACACUCUGGCCUACUCAACAACGUGGUCCUGGUCUGGCACACCCAACCAGGUGAAGAGCUACACGAACGUCGAGACGACUUUCACGAAGAAGCAGCUAAGUGCUUACACAAGCAUGCCGACGGUAUGGAAGUGGAGCUAUACUGGAACGGAUCUGCGGGUCAACGUCGCUUAUGACACCUUCCUCGGCGCAUCAGCCAGUGGCGCCAAUCUCUUCGAAGUCAUGGUCUGGCUUGGUGUAUUCGGCGGUGUAUCACCCUUGUCUUCGAAUGGAUAUCCCUUCACACCUAUUGCCACCGUAACUGCUGGUGGCACGAUCUUCGACCUUGCGUACGGUCUAAAUGGCUCCGUCAAAGUAUACAGCUUCGUGGCUCGAGGGGGCGCUGCCACUAACUUCAGCGCUGACUUGAAUCUGUUUUUCAAGUACUUGGUAACCAACUACGCAAAUAACGGGUUUACGAAUAGCUUGUACUUACAGACUGUGCAGGCGGGAACGGAGGUGUUUACAGGUAGUAACGCGAAGUUGACCACCAGUGCGUACUCUAUCGCCAUCACUUAG